GGCGGAGGCGGCGGGGAUGCAAUGGCGGAGUCGCUGCCUCUGGAGAUGCUCACAUAUAUUCUGAGCUUCCUGCCUCUGUCAGAUCAGAAAGAAGCCUCACUCGUGAACCGGACUUGGUACUGUGCAGCUCAGAAUGCCCUCCGGGAGAUCAACGUGCGGUACAACAUUCCCGUGUCCCCUGCCUCCCUCCCAGCCAUCAAGAGACUGGGCCUCAGGGCCAUCUCCUGCAUUGGCCUCAUCAACCUGGAUGCUUCACCAGCUUCACAACAGGUACUGCAGUCUGUUGCUCACUACCUAGGCCCGCAUCUGCAGAGCUUGUGCCUGGGUGGAGGCAGCCCCACGGAGGCCUCCUUUGUGGCCCUGAUCCUGGGCUGCCCAGCCCUGCGUAUACUUGACCUCAGUGGCUGCAACAGCCUCUUCACAUCAGGCACACUAUUGGCCCAACCCGAGACAGCACAAAGUGUCCGGAAGGCUUUGAGUGGCCUCCGAGAGCUCCACCUGGCUGGCCUACGGGACCUGGCUGACCCCAGCUUCAAUCAGCUCAGCAGCUGUGCACCCAGCCUGGAACGCCUCUCUUUGGCCUACUGUCACCUCACCUUCGAGCCAGGCCUGGCCCGGGGCUCUGCUGGCUCCCAGGACUACCCCCCUUCCAAACUCUCCUUCAGCAACCUGCUCCGAUUUGUGAGGGAGAGAGCCAGCAGGCUGCGUGCCCUGGACCUGGGUGGCACUGGCUUGCAAGCCGAGGCCCUCAAGUCCCUGGGCCAAGUGGCUGGGCUGCAGCUGCAGGAGUUGAGCCUGCACAGCUGUCGAGAUCUCUCCACAGAGGCCGUGGCUACCCUGUGCCGCCAGCAGCCAGGCCUUACUUCAUUAGACCUCAGUGGAUGCUCAGAACUGACUGAUGGGGCACUCUUGGCCGUGGGCCGGGGCCUGCGACACCUGCAGCGCCUAUGCCUGGGGAAGCUGCAGCGCCUGACAGAUGCAGGAUGUACAGCCCUGGGGGGCCUGCAACACCUGCGGAGUCUGGACAUGGCUGGAUGCUGCCUGGUGAGCGGGCGGGAAUUGGCCCAGGCUCUGGGCCCUGUGAAUGGAGUGCCACGCCCCCUGGCCUCCCUCAUGCUGGCCUACUGUUCUUCACUGAAGGACGCCUCAGUGUUCUCCAUGAUCCCAGGGCUGAGCCCGAGCCUCCGGGUGCUUGACUUGUCCUCCUGUGUGUCCCUCACCAACCAGACCGUGCAAGCCAUCUGCACCUGCCUCACCCACCUCUCAGUUUUGCGCCUGGCUUGGUGCAAGGAGCUCCGUGACUGGGGGCUUCUGGGGCUCGGAGAGUCAAGUGAGGAACCCACGCAUAAACCCCAGCUAUUUCCUGGGCUGGAUUUUCCAGACUCAGGUCCUCAGGAGCCGUCGCUGGAGCCCCAGGGCGCCUCCCUGCUCUCGCUGCAAGCCCUGCAGGAGCUGGACCUCACAGCCUGCAGCAAGCUGACCGAUGCCAGUUUGGCCAAGGUGCUCCAGUUCCCCCAGCUGAGGCAACUCUCCCUGAGCCUGUUGCCAGCACUCACUGACCUGGGCUUGGUGGCCGUGGCCAGGGGAUGCCCCAGCCUGGAGCACCUAGCGCUGAGCCACUGUGGCCGCCUCAGCGAUGAGGGCUGGGCCCAGGCAGGGUCCUGGCCCAGGCUGCAGCACCUCAACCUGUCCAGCUGUAGUCAGCUCACAGAGCAAGCACUGGACAUCAUUGGGCAGGAGUGCAAGCAACUGAGGGUGUUGGAUGUGGCCAUGUGCCCCAGCAUCGACAUGGCCGCCAUCAGGCGCUUUCGAGCCCGACUGCCCCAGGUGACCUGCAUUCAGUCCCGUUUCGUGGGAGGGGCUGACCUGACCCUGACACUAUAAGGACAGAUGGACGAGCAGCCUGCAGCUCAGCUUCCUCUACUCCACCACCCCCAACUCUGCCUUCUUGGUCUGGAGUUUGACUCAGUACCUCAGCACACCCUUUGUCCAAAACCAGGGCUGGGGCUGGGGCAAGCCCAGGGCUCCCUGAGAACUUCCUGCUCUAGUCUGCCCACAGCCCAGCACAUGCACUACUGCAGGUCCCUGCAAGUGCCAGCUGUGUUGCUGCCACAGGCUUUACUCUCCUUGCCCUGGAUGCCUUGAUCAGAUGGUCAGGCCUGCAGUGGGCUGGUUCUGGUAACAGCAGAAGCAAGUCCUGUGCCACUUGCCUGGGCACUCCCUCUUCCUACGGGCACUAUCCCAGCCCCUGUAAGCACUGAGCUUUAGCAAUGCAGUCAGCCUGUGGCCUCUUGUAAAACCGGACAAAAUUAAAAAUUCUACACCUUACCUUCUUGUCCCAAGUUUUCAGACUAAAGAAUUGAGCCUCUCCCCUAUCUUAAUUGCGGAGGACCCAGCUCAGGAUGAGGGAAGACCUGAACACAUGAAGGGUUACAGACAAGUGCUGCCUCACAUCUGAUCUGAGCCCCACAGGCUGCUCCACAGCCUGACCCUCAGCCACGUCCCAGCUCCACGUGAUAAAAGACUUGGGAGGUCUCUCCCCUGUACCCAUAAUGUGCCCUGUAACAGGGACAUACCACAUGAACCUGUCUCAGCCAGAUCCCAGGAGACAGAGCUUGAUGCCUGAACCACUAAGAGAGUGGGAGAGAGGAAAAGAGGGCAGGACCUCUGGCAGGCGAGGUUAACAGAGGUCACUUAGAAGUCCAGUGCAACUUCCUAAACAGUGUCAGUGACUUCCCAACAGCAGCUCCAGUACACUGUCCAGCUGGCUUUCCAGGUAUCUCCAUACUUGCCUGACCUCUGUCCACCAAUUCUUAGAGCAGGUGGCCAGUGCUAAGUGCCUGCAGGUACUGUGC